AACCACCGCCUGGAGGUAAAGACGCAGCGCACAGCCUGUGGAGAAGAAGCCUCGCAAAGGCGUCGGAUGCGCAGUGAAUGCAAAGGGAACACAUCGACAGCUGGUCCUGCUACGCGCGCGCGCGGGUGUGUGUGUGUGUAUAUGUGCAACCACUUUGCGUCUUCAGUUUGGAUAUCGGAACCGUCCGGUUCAGUGCGCGCGGCAGGAGCGCUUUGGCGCAAAAGGGAGCCGGCAGAGAGGUAGGAGAGCUCUCUUGUGGACUGUCACACGAUGAGGAAUCUCUGAGGCGGCCGUAACACUACUCCUCCGACCACUUGAAGUUUCCCGUGGCUGCUUCCGAACGGUUAGCCCAUGAGCAGGUAUCCUUUCGAGUGUGAUUCUGUUUUCACCCAGAAUUCUGCUGCCGGGACAAAUGCAUACAAAUGCAUUUAGGAGCUCAACGGACAAGGAGUGGACACGUUUCCGCGGCAGCAACGUGGAACUUUCUCCUGCUCCUGUCAGUAUGCUCUGCAGCAUUCUCUGGAGAAGAAGACUACUUGGCUCAAAGAGUGGAUGUCCUCUAUCAACUUGGGCUAACAGUUCAGAAAACAACAGACAAUCCAUACGAAAGGACUGCCAAACCUUCAACCACUUAUACCACUGUUCCCUCAACUAUAAAUCUCCCAUUUUCUGGACAUGGGGUAAUACUAGACUCAAACUCACUUUAUGAGGUUCCCACGAGCAGUCUUUUUCCUCCGGAGUUUGGUGAGGAGUUUUCCGUUGUUCUAAGUGUGAGCUCCUGGCGAGCAAACAACGCUUUUAUUUUCAGUGUCAGAGAUGGCAGCGACAGACUGCAUUUUGGCAUUCAGCUCCUUCCGCGCAGAGUGGUCGUCCAUACAGGAGAGAAGGCCGCCAUCUACUUUCCUUACAAUUGGCAUGAUGGGCGUCAGCGUCCUUUUGCCAUUGGUGUUCGAGCACGCUCAGUGUCUUUUUAUUCAGAUUGUGGAGCAGUACACCAGCAGGAGCAAAUCCUCGGGAGGUCUCAGACACUUGGGAGUUCUGGAGCUCUAUUCACUUUGGGCAGGAUGAACCCCAAAGCUGCAUCGUUCAAUGGUCGAGUCUGCCAACUUGAUAUAUAUCCUGCAGCCCAAGCUGCUGCACACUAUUGCAACUACCUUAGGAAACAGUGCCGGCUGGCCGACACAUACCGAUCGUCUUGGGUACAUCAUGCUUUGGCUAUCGAGGCAAAAAAUAGCUUCUCCGAUACCGUAACAAUGUCGUCUCUUGGAACAGCAAAUAUUCAUCACUUACUAAUGGAAUCCAAGGGAACAAUGGCCACUGACAGUGUAUUCAAACUUUAUUCAACCUCAAGCCCAAUACCAGAAGCACAUCUGAAAGACCAGAGGCACAUUUUUGCAUUUGAAACCCUUGCAAAGUCUACUAUGUCCUCAGUUCAGGCUGAUGGAGCAAAUUCAGCUACUCACAGUGGGCAACCAGCUUUGGAUUUCACUGUAACUGUCAGCACAUCCCAAAACAUACUGGCCAACAGAGCGAGACUCCAAGGGAAGUCUGAUCAAUAUGACAAGAGCUCAGAGAACAACCCCACUGAUGCUUCUACAGGCCAGAUUCACCCAGUGAGGCAGAGUCAUUUAAAAGAAGGACUUUUGACCAACCCUGAGGACUCAAAUUUUAAACCUCAAGAAGCUCUGCAGCACCUGGAGACUCAUCCAAUGGCGAGUGGCAUCACUUUGCAUCAUGAAAUUAAUGCAGACCCUUUUGAGCAACACCAACUGGAUGGCAGCUAUGAUGAUAGGACCACGGACGCAUAUGAUUAUGAGUAUGAAGAAGCAGACCUCCUGUAUGACUAUGACGACAACUUACGUGGGCCCAAAGGAGAGCCAGGUCUUCCGGGUCCUCCUGGUCCCCCUGGUUUACCUGGUCCUCAGGGAGCAAGAGGCUCGAGGGGUCCCAAUGGUCUACCUGGAAAGCCUGGACCUGCAGGACCUCCUGGCCCUAAGGGUGCAAAAGGAGACCCAGGGCUGUCUCCAGGUCAAGCUUCACCAGGAGAAAAGGGUGACAAAGGUCCACCGGGUCUGCUUGGUUCUGAUGGAUUUCCAGGUUUGCAGGGUCCAAAAGGUUAUCCGGGACCACCUGGGCUGCCUGGAGAGCAAGGCAUACCGGGACUUCCUGGAGAAGCCGGGUCUGCAGGUUACCCUGGCAGGCAGGGUGCCGCUGGCCCAGAAGGUAACCCUGGGCCAAAGGGGGUUCGUGGUUUCAUUGGACUUCCUGGUAUAGCUGGGCCACCAGGACUAGAGGGGGAGAGGGGAAUGCCUGGUCCUCCUGGAAAACCUGGUCCUAAAGGAAGACAAGGUGUGGUGGGUGAUGUUGGUGAACGGGGGCCGACUGGCCCUGAUGGCAAUGAGGGCCCUGUUGGUGGGACUGGUAUUCCUGGCUUUCUGGGCCUAAGGGGGGACCUGGGCCCUGAGGGUCCUCGAGGACUGCCUGGUAUGGUCGGAAGGAAGGGACCAGCCGGACGAGCUGGCCUGCCUGGAUUGAAAGGUGAUAAGGGCGAAGUGGGACAACAGGGUGAACCAGGAGAGAUGGGUUUCCGAGGUGACAAGGGUGUUUCUGGUGCAGCUGGUCCUUCUGGUCCAAGAGGAAAGCCUGGACCACCGGGUAGAAUUGGAGAAGUCGGGUUACAAGGCUCACCAGGACCUCCAGGACCAGAGGGUUUUCCAGGAGACAUCGGAGUGCCUGGGCCCAAUGGGCCACCUGGACCAAAGGGUUUACAAGGUGCUCGGGGUGUUCAAGGCCCGAUAGGACCACAAGGAACGCAGGGUGAAGAAGGACCGCUUGGCCCAUCUGGCAACGCUGGUCCAAAUGGGCGACCUGGAAGGAAAGGCCAAAUGGGUGAACCUGGUCCAGAUGGUCUGCUGGGAGAGAAAGGGGACAUUGGAAAUGUUGGAAAAAUCGGACCACAAGGUCUUGUAGGCCUCGGAGGGAUAGCUGGCAUGGUCGGAGGUCCUGGUGAAAAGGGUGACCGUGGUCCGACAGGUCCAACGGGUCCAACAGGAGAGAAGGGGCCACAAGGAUAUCCAGGGUUGCCUGGGAGUCCUGGGGACAUCGGCAUGCAAGGUACACCUGGUCUACAGGGGCAGACAGGGAGUCCUGGCAGUGCCGGUACUAAGGGCCGUAGGGGGCCUCGAGGUCCUGAUGGCCCGCUGGGAGAACCAGGCCCUGAGGGCACCAAGGGAGAAAUUGGUGAUCCUGGGGUAAACGGAGAACCAGGAUUUAUUGGCAAAGUUGGCGUUCGAGGAGAGAGAGGCCCGCCUGGGAAGCCUGGUAAGGCAGGUAUUCCAGGAAGUACAGGGGAGAGGGGACCCCACGGUGAGGCUGGACCCAGAGGACCUCUUGGAGAGGCAGGACCUGAUGGAGAGCAAGGGCCUGAAGGUGGGCCUGGUGUCGAGGGGGAACCAGGUGCUGUCGGAGAGCCAGGGCUAAAGGGCGAUGUUGGGCCUCCGGGAGCCGAUGGAGAGCAGGGACAAGAAGGAAUUAGAGGUGCCCCUGGUCCGCCUGGCGAAGCUGGUCCUCAAGGAAAUGAUGGACCCAAGGGUGAGCCUGGCGAGUGUGGGCCAGGAGGAGAGCCAGGUGACAAAGGGAUAGAAGGAGUCCCGGGACCUGCAGGGCCACCUGGACAACCGGGGAAACAGGGCUUUCGUGGGCCAGAAGGUAAACUAGGGUCCCCAGGAAAUAGGGGACGGAGUGGAAAGAAGGGUGAGAGAGGUCCUUCUGGUCUUGUUGGUGAACCUGGAGACCGUGGAGACAUCGGCCUACCAGGCGAGACGGCGCCAAAAGGUGCCAGAGGAACUCGAGGGCCUCCUGGUCGGCCUGGCAUCACCGGUAUGGAAGGGCAGCCGGGAUUGGCAGGAUAUACGGGUCAUCCUGGUAAGCAGGGGCCCAUUGGACCCCCAGGCCCCAAAGGUGAAAAGGGUUAUCCAGGCGAGGACAAUAAGACCCCAGGACAUCCAGGGCCCUUAGGUGAACCAGGGACACCUGGAGGAAGGGGCGAUCGAGGAGAACCAGGAGAUGAAGGAUAUCAGGGACACAUUGGUACCACUGGACCACGUGGGGCUAUAGGACCAUCAGGCCCACCUGGAUCACCAGGUUUACCAGGGGAGCCAGGUCGGAAAGGCGAGAUGGGCCCUCUGGGCUCAGCGGGGAAGAAAGGAGCGAGGGGCCUGAAUGGUGCUCCUGGAGUUGAAGGGCCGUUUGGUUUACCUGGACCCAAAGGAAUGAGGGGUUAUCCCGGAUCUGAUGGUCCUUCAGGACUCAUUGGUUUACCAGGAUUACCCGGAAAACAAGGAAGACAGGGCCACCGAGGCUCAGUGGGACCGAUUGGUCCUGCUGGACAUCCAGGUCUCCGGGGGAGUGUCGGACUACCAGGACCACCAGGAGAACUAGGACCACCGGGUCUCAAGGGUGAGAUUGGCCUGCCAGGAGAUCGGGGUUUAUCAGGCCUCAGAGGAAUGGAGGGGGCUACAGGUGACCAGGGAAUGAAGGGUGAGACAGGACCGAAAGGGCAACCAGGGGAACCAGGUCAUCAAGGGAUGCGUGGUUUGCAGGGCUUUCCAGGUCCAAAGGGUCCAAGUGGUGAUGUGGGAUUGAAAGGUUUCCUUGGUCCGAAGGGCCCAAUGGGUACUCUGGGAUUCGCUGGACCAGUGGGGCCUGAAGGAAAGAUGGGCCCAAUGGGAAAACAUGGGCCGCGAGGUCCAAGAGGAAGCAGCGGUGAAAUGGGGCCCCAAGGACCACGUGGAAGUCCAGGACCCAGAGGCCCCCCUGGUGCUCCAGGUCCUACAAGGCAACUAUAUGAUGACUCAGAAUUCGACAGCAUGUAUGACUCCAAAGCUGCUCUCAGAAAAGAGAGUUUUCAGAACGCUGAGGUGAGCCUACAAGAACAGAAUACAGAGAUUUUUAAGACCUUGCAUUACCUGAGCGUCGUUGUUGAGAGCAUCAAAAAGCCUGUGGGAACCAGAGAGAACCCCACUCGCGUCUGUAAGGACCUGCUGGACUGUCAUCACAAGCUAAAAGAUGGGUGGUUCUGGAUUGAUCCAAACCUUGGCUGCACUUCCGAUGCUUUCCAGGUCUUUUGUAACUUCACUGCAGGGGGUCAGACCUGUUUACAUCCAUUGGCCAAAAAUAAGAUGGUGUUUGGUAUAGGGAAAGUCCAAAUGAAGUUUCUCCAUUUACUGAGUUCUGAGGCCAGCCAGAGCAUCGGACUCCAUUGUCGUAGAGAUCAUUCCAACAGCACCGCAGACGGUUUCAGCUCUCCUGGCCUCAAACCAACAGAGAGCAGCAAUCUUCGGUUUCGAGGCUGGAACAAUCAAAUGUUUGAGACCGACAGUUUACUUGAACCAUAUGUGCUAAAAGAUGAGUGCAAGAUCCAAGAUGGCAGCUGGCAUCAGUCACAUUUCUUUUUCCAUACUCAGGAGAGUCACCAGCUACCUAUUGUAGACAUCGUGGAAAUUCCCACACCAGGUCCCAAUGUUCAGCGACAUAUUGAAGUUGGUCCUGUCUGCUUCCUUUGAAGCUAACAUCGUCAUCCUCUGCCCAGUUUCACAUGAUACUCCUUGAUUGGCUGGUUUUCGACCUAAUGGUUUUACACCAAAGAGAAGUUUUAACUUCAAAUCUGAAUGCAAUGUUUUCUGGAGAUGUUGUGAGGACAAAAUUCAGCCACUAUCGGACUAGUGACAGACUUUCAUAGGCCAAUUUAAUUCGUACAGACCACCUAUGCCGAUAUACAGUAUAGAAAUAGCUUUAUUUACUAACAAAUGUGUAAAAUACGUUUUUGCUUGUUUCAUUGUUUAUCAAACAAUGCUCAGGUUGGCCGUAUUAAUGAAUGCAUAUUGCCCCCUGAUCAAACUCCCAGAGACACCUCCGCCCGCCCCAGACGCAGGUCAUCCUAUGCGGGGGCCCAUCAAAGAGGUGUCCAAAACCUCUAAAUAGGAGCACUGUACAACUAUAAAUCUAUCUGAGUGCAAUAACAUGUUGAUGUUAUGAAUUUACUUCCCUUCAAAGCCUAUAUGGACAUUGUUAUCAUAUUUUAUUGUCGGUCCUACACAGUCGGACCUGCUCAUCUUGACAGAUGGUGCUCUACCUCUACCUUGCUUUCUCGAAUGGUUCCCUUGAGGUUAGUUAGUCUUUGAUCCCUUUGUGUAUGUACCGGUUACAUCAAGGUGGGUUAUGUUGUAAAAGUACUUAUGUUGAGUUGGUUGCUUUUAAUUUAUGAACCGUUUUUUAGUGCGCUACAUAUUAUUGUAGCUUUGCCUAUAUGUGGUAGGUUCUUCAGGGGGAUCCUAUCAUUGGUGCUGCAAUACAGAGUCAUCAGUAGGUUUUUGCAUUUCCUGUGUAUAUUUUGCCAUCAUACUGUUAUGUUUAUUUAUAUCCUAUUUUCAUUUUUCACAUUACUGUACAACAGUAAGUUAUACUCUCAGAGAACUCUUGGUUCGUCCACACUUUAGAGAGGUAUUUAUGUUUUCACAGUGUUUUCCUUUGUUCACACCUGCAACUGUAUGUUUAUCACACUGAUGCUUCAGUUUAUUAAGUGGACUGGCAGCUACAAUGGGCCAGAGUCAGAAUUCAUUUAAAACACAGUCACCAUAUUCUUAACUUAUAUUACUUUUAGAAAAGUGUGAUUUUAUGAAUUGUCCGCAUGAAUAAAAGCUGGGUGCACAUGUGUAAAUAAUGAAUAUGAUGAUAAAUAAAUGGAAAUUUCAUCCAACA